CACUUGAAUCUAGCAUCAACCCUCACAAUAAAGCAGAAGAAGCGAACAGUGAUCUCUGCAAAAAUGGCUGCAGCAGCGAAGACACUUUAAACAAGUGAAAACAGUCCCAUUUAGCCCUCUAGUUUUAGCCUUAGUAAUGCAGGGCGGAGUAGAAGGAACUACGCAUGCGCGAUGCUGUGGCGGUUACUGUUUUAUUUGAGUCUAGUAACGUAACAUUACAGUGUAUACACAACAGCUGUGAGUGCUGGAAGCGUUAUGGCGGCUGUGUCAGAUCUAAAAGCCGUUCUAACGGAUACAUUGGAUAAAAGAGGCGUAUUGGGACAAGUUAAAGCCCGGGUCCGCGCAGAGGUCUUUGCCGCUUUGGAUGAUCAGAGUGAACCCAGGCCAAUACUGUCACAUGAGAACCUCCUUAUUAAUGAAAUGAUCAGGGAGUAUUUGGCAUUCAACAAGUACAAAUACACAGCAUCUGUUUUAUCAGCAGAAACUGGUCUGCCUGAUAUUCCUUUGGAUCAUUCCUUCCUAGCCAGAGAGCUACACCUUGUGGAAGAUUCCAGCGCGCAGUCAGUACCAAUACUAUAUGGGAUGGUGUCUCACUUUUUACAUGGGCACAAAGAGGUUCCAUGUCCCGUGGUACUAAAGCCGGCAUCAGAGAACCCCACACAGAGGCAUUUUGGAUACGUUACAGAUUGAGUUACCAAAGAUACUUAUCCAAAACCAAUGAAAACGAUGCAGUCAAGCACCAUGGAGUCACACAUACUCGGUGGCACACAAAGUUGGGGGCCAGUACCACACUCCAAGUGCACAUAACACUACAAUAUUACACCUGUGACUUAUAUCCUGUAUUGUAUUGUAUAGUAUUGUAUUGUAUUGUAUUGUAUUGUAUUGUAUUUUUUAUAUUACAUGUAAUUUAUAAAA